AUGCGCUACUCUCUCAUCAACGGCCUGCUUAUGCUGGCUGUCUCCCCCUUCACCUCUCUGGCUCUUCCGGUCGACCCCAAUGACCAGGCUGGCCAGUGGGAUCCUUCUGGCCAGUACCGUAAGGGCCACUAUGUGAAUGGAGAGUUCAUCCCAAAUGAUGGUGGCGAGGUCGGCAUCUACGAGAACGGCCAGUACAACAACGGCGAGAACUACAACAACGGCCAAUACACCAAUGGCCAGUAUAACAACGGCCAGUAUAACAACGGCCAGUACAACAAUGGUCAAUAUAAUGACGGCCGCGUCCAGCGUCGCUGGGUGCCCGGUGUCGACCUUCCUGGCGAGCGCUACCGUGGUGCUUUCCGUCGCCCUGAGGGCCGUAUUGGUAUUCCCGGCAUCCACGCCCGUACCUGGCCUUUCACCGGCACCAACAACAACCAGGGCGGUUGGACCGAUGCCAACGGUCAGUGGCACUCCAACAACCAGAACAACCAGCAGAACGGCUGGACUGAUGCCAAUGGCCAGUGGCACGAGAACAACAACCAGGGCGGAUGGACUGAUGCCAACGGACAGUGGCAUGCAACCGCCAAGCGUGGUCUUCCAGGCGUCCCUGGUGUUGGUGUUCCUGGUGUUGGUGUUCCUGGUGUUGGUGUUCCCGGAGUUGGUGUCCCUGGAGCCGGUAUUCCUGGAGCCGGUGUUCCUGGUGUUCUCGGUACUGGAGCCCCUAACGUUGGUGCCGCUGGUAUGACUGGUGCCAACCGCAUGAACCAUCCCGGCACUCCUGCUACUGGUGCUACUGGUAUCCUCCGCCGCUGGGCACCCGACAACGAAGGCUACAACAACGGUCAGUACAACAACGGCGAGUACAAUGGUCAGUACAACAACGGCCAGUACAACAACGGCCAGUAUAACAACGGUCAGUAUAACAACGGCGAAUACAACAAUGGCGAGUACAACAACGGAGCUGGCCGCACUGGCGCGACUGAGAUUGAUGGCCCUUCUGGCUCUAUCACUGUCUCCCGCCGCUGGAUCCCUGAGAACGAGAACGGCCAAUACAACAACGGUCAAUAUAACAAUGGCGAGUACAACAACGGCCAGUACGACAACGGACAGUACAACAACGGCCAGUACAACAACGGCCAGUACAACAACGGCCAGUACAACAACGGAGUUGGCCGUCAAAUUGCCCACAUUGAUGGCCCGUCUGGCUCUAUCACCGCCCCUGUCCGCCGCUGGAUUCCCGAUAACGAUCGCUAUGACAACGACCGCUACAACGAUGACCGCUACAACAAUAACGACUGGAACCGUGAGAACCGUGAUGGCCAGCUUGACCGUGACGCCGCAAACAUUGCCGAAUCCGUGACUCCUACUAUUGUUGUCCGACGCUGGACGCCCGCCGAAGAGGGCGUGAUCGAAGAGCAGAACCGCCAGGCUGAGAUCAACGUCGAGCGCCCUACCGGUGUUUUUGCCCGCUGGUGGCCCUCUAGCUGGCCUCGCCCCUGCGGCCGCUACGAUGCCAGCUGCAACAACAACAACAACAACAACAACAACCGCUACAAUGACAACGAUAACUACGACAACUAUGACCGCUGCGAGAACGCCGACCGCAACGACCGCAACGGCUGGUCCUGCCGUAGCGACUGGAACCGCAACCGUGCCACUCCCACCCCCAGUGUGAUUAUCGCCCGCAACCAGCCCAGCUAUGACAACACGGAGAACUACAACUACAAGAACGGCCACGAUGACAACAACGACUACAACUACAAGAACGGCCACGAUGACAAAGAAUCUAGCUAUGUCAGCGAUGCUGAGCGCGACCACCAGAGCCACGCCUCCGCUACUCCCACUGCCACUGCUAACUAG